AUACAAAAUGCCUUCACAAAUGAACUAGCCUUAACUCCCAACGGCUAACCCUAGUACUUGUCUUUCAAACAAUCAAGCUGCACCAGAUUCUGGAACAAAACAACCAUGUCUCAAAGAAUCGGAACAAAGCUAUUUGUCAGCAGACUAUCAUUUUACACUACAAACGACCAGUUCGUGAAAUUGUUCUCACCAUUCGGAGCACUUAAAGAAGCUUCACUUGUGGUAGACCCAAAAACCAAAAGACCUAAAGGCUUUGGUUUUGUGUCCUAUGACUCUGAAAUUGAAGCAGAAAAGGCCAUGAAAGCGUUAAAUGGAAGGAUAGUUGAUGGAAGGCUAAUUUUUGUUGAACCUGCAAAAUUGAAGGAUUCUUGAUACGUGACUUCUUUCCACUCUCAAAUCUAGUGUAUUUCUGAUCAUUUUUAGAUAUCAAAUCUCACUUGAUCAAAGUGUAUAGCUUUGUGUUCUUGCUUAAAGCUCCUCUGUUUUAUUCUUCAAUCAUUUAACUUGGGACAUUAUAUUGUACAAAUAAGAGUAUACAUUUUGGAAAUAUCGAUGCAAGAGAUUUGCAAAAAUUUACUGCAGUUUGUUUAGAAAGUUGAA